GCUUCAACCUGGGCCAUGGGUCGCGCCGCGCCGCCCCUGCGGGCGUGUUUGCCUGCCGCGUGGGGGCAGCCGACACGCACAGCCCACGCAGAAGGCGAGGCCCAGGGCCCGAGGGGUGUGUCUGCUGGGGAGUCUUGGUGGGGGGCUGCCCUUCCGUGGUGACCGGGCCCCGUUUCUCUGUCCUAAAGGACGCCAGCGUGCGGAUGAAGUGCAUCCUGGCGCUGAAGGCGCUCUACGAGAAGAGAGAGUCGGCUAUGAAGCUGGGCCUUUUCUUCCACAAGUUCAAGAAACGAAUCCUGUCGAUGACCCAGGACAGGCAGCCGGAGAUCACGUCCGAGUGCAUGCAGCUCCUGCGGCUUAUAUCCGAGCACUACGUGGGCGUGUUCUCAUCCAUGGAGUACGUCUUCCUGUUCCAGUUCGUGUACGCGGCCUACAGGCCCAUGGCGACCGCCGCCGGCGAGCUCAUCUGUAAGAGGCUCCUGGCCCCUCCGCCCCAAGAAGGUGUCUUUGGUCAAAACCCUCCCGACGAGUUUGACAGAAACAUCCAGAACAUGAAGACGCUCAUCGACUUCUACCUGCAGGGCGAGUUCCACAGACACGUCCCAUACCUGGUGGACGGCCUGUGGGACGCGGCGCCCGCCCUGGUCCGGAACUGGGAGUGCAUGACGGCCCUGCUGCUGGAGCCACGUGGCGGGCGCCAAGCGCUGACGAGCCAGCAGGAGAGAGUCCUCAUCGAGAUCCUCGUGGCCGCCGUGCGACAGGCCGCAGAGGGCCACCCCCCUGCUGGCCGCGAACUGGGCAAGAGAGCCUCCAGGGAGGUGGACGGGACCCGCCGCUGGCGUGAGCGUGCCAGCAUGAGCCGACACUUUGUGAAGGUGCUGCCCCAGCUGCUGUCCAAGUUUGCCGCGGACAAGGAGAAGGUGACGCCCCUCCUGCAGAUCCCGCAGUACUGCAACCUGGACGUGUAUGACAAGGACGGCCUGGGCUCGGACCUCGACUCGGCCCUGCUGGAGCUGGACUGCCUCGUGCAGCGGCACUCGGACGUGGCGGUGCUGGAGGCCUGUGCCCGCGCCUACGGCGCCUACUGCUGCGAGGGGGGCUCCGCCCACUGCCAGGCCGCCCCCGCCUGCAGCCGGCUGGUGGACAUGCUGGUGGACGCGCUGACGCCGCUGCUCGACGUGUUCCUCCAACACGAGAAACAAGGCCAGUUCCUGGGACACCACGAGAUGGGUCGCAUCUGCUCGACGCUGCGGAGGCUGGUGGCCUUCUACAGCACGCAUGACCUGAGCAGCUGGAACCUGUACGAGAAGAUGGACAGUCUGCUGACCCUGCGCAGGCACCAGGGCAGCAUGCCCACCGAGGUCAUCCACUGUGCGCUGCAGUGCACCUACUAUGCACUCCUGUGGCAGAUCGUUGCAGCCACGGACCGGCUGCCGCCUCAGGUGGGUGAGGGGCUGGGAGGGGUCCGGUGCGGGUAUGGGUAGGUAAGAGGUGGUGGUGGGGGCAGGUGUGGGCAGGUGAGGGACCGGUGCAGGUGUGGGCAGGGUCAGGUGUGGGCAGGUGGGGGGCGGUGGGGCGGCACGUGCGGGUACGUGGACUCCAGUUGUCUGUGACGGAUGCGGCAGGCUGGGGACAGGGGACAGGGUCACCACUUCGACAGGCAUCC